AUGACUGCUGAGGAUGUUGCUGCUAUGGCCCUGGAGCUGGACGAAAGGGUGGCCCAUACUGGCCUCGCGGAGGUAGUUGAAGAGGCCCUGGAGCUGGACGAAAGGGUGGCCUAUACUGGCCUCGCGGAGCUCGUUGAAGAUGACGCUUUAGAUGGGCCUCUUGUCGACUUCAAUGGGGACUUGAUUAUGCCCCCUUCCCCCUUCCACCUUCUCAUGUCCCGUCCUCCCCGUCCUACCCCCACCGCACAAAGCCGUGCAGCUCCUGCUCCUGAGAGCCGGACUACCCCUGCUGCGCCUUCCGCCCCUGCAGCUCAGAGCCAAACCAUCCACGUAACUAGCGCCUUCGUCAUCUCACCCCAACCCUCCCCUACUACCGCUCCCAACGACCCCAACCCGCGUCCUCCAAACGCCAGGGGACCUCUUAUCAAAGUAGAGCGAGAGUGGAGGGAACGUAAUGGGAGGUGCACGUAUUGUAAUCAGCAGGAUCAUGGGGUGGAGAAUUGUGCGAAGAAAGCGGGGAGGACAGGGAGGAAGGGGAGGAGGGGUGGUAGAUGA